UUGUUGUUGUUGAGCAUUGUUGAUAAAAUGCUGAUAUGAUAAUGCAUUUUCACUGAAAUCUACAAAAUGAAGGGAACGGGGGGAAAAAUGAUUUAACGGCUCAGGUCGACUUGAUAUCGUAACGAAUGAACUCCUACUAGCUUCAUUACCUAAGUUCGUAGUGGUAGUUCAGAAAGGAGUGUUUUUGGCGUAGCUGACGUUAACGUUGCUAGCUUGGCUACGGUAAACAAGCCAUCUGGCGACCUGUCACUGCUGGUUGUGGUCACUGUCAGGUGCUUUUCACUGUGGUGAGAUGCCUAUCGAAAGAACUCUCUCGGAUCUCCGUUCACGGUUGGGGGGAUAUGAGAAGAUUGAGGAAGCUACAUCGAGGACCUCUAUAGCUGACCUUGAGGAUGCCAGACUUAUAUUCAUCAAUCAGCCUCAACUCACUAAGUUCUGCACCAAUCACGUCAGCACAGCCAAAUACAAUGUGCUUACCUUCCUGCCUCGAUUCCUAUACGCUCAGUUCAGGAGGGCUGCUAACUCAUUCUUCCUGUUCAUUGCACUACUGCAGCAAAUUCCGGAUGUUUCUCCCACAGGACGGUGGACUACCCUGGUUCCUUUGAUCCUCAUCCUGUUGGUGGCAGCCCUGAAGGAGAUGGUUGAGGAUCUGAAACGUCACAAAGCAGAUAGGGUGGUCAACAGGAAGGAGGCCCAAGUUCUGAGAAAUGGAGCAUGGGAGAUUGUUCACUGGGAGAAGGUGACGGUCGGGGAUGUAGUCAGAGCCAGUGACGGGGACCACCUCCCGGCAGACCUCGUCCUGCUGGCUUCCAGCGAGCCACAUGCUAUGUGCUACAUCGAGACUUCGAAUUUAGACGGGGAGACCAACCUAAAGAUACGACAGGGUCUUCAGGUCACAGCGCAUGACAAGGAUGCUGAUAGUCUGUCGCGGCUGAGCGGGUGCAUGGAGUGCGAAAGCCCCAAUCGCCACCUCUACGACUUUGUAGGCGUCAUCCGAUUAGAGGGUCAUAGUCCCAUCCCUUUAGGUCCGGAGCAGAUCCUUCUCCGUGGAGCCCGUCUCCGGAACACCCAGUGGGUGAACGGCAUGGUGGUGUACACAGGGCACGACACCAAGCUGAUGCAGAACAGCACGCGGCCUCCGCUUAAGCUGUCCAGCGUGGAGCACAUCACCAACACGCUGAUCCUGGCUCUGUUCGGCUGCCUGCUGGCCAUCUCCCUGGUCUGCUCGGCCGGACAGACACUCUGGAAGACCCAGUACGGGGACUUCGCCUGGUACAUGGACCUCAACUAUGGUGGCGCUGCCAACUUUGGCCUCAACUUCCUCACCUUCAUCAUCCUCUUCAACAACCUCAUCCCCAUCAGUCUACUCGUCACCCUGGAGGUCAUCAAGUUCAUCCAGGCGUACUUCAUCAACUGGGACGUGGAUAUGCAUUAUGAGCCUACGGAUACCUCUGCCAUGGCACGGACGUCCAACCUAAACGAGGAACUGGGUCAGGUCAAAUACAUCUUCUCUGACAAAACCGGUACCCUCACCUGCAACGUGAUGCAGUUUAAAAAGUGCACCGUCGCCGGUGUCGCCUACGGGCACAACACAGACAGUCCUGAGGAAGAGGGCUUUGGCGAUCCGACCUUACCGGAGAAUCUCCACAAUGAUCACCCCACAGCCACUAUUAUCCAAGACUUUCUGACCAUGAUGGCUGUGUGCCACACUGCUGUUCCUGAGAAGACUGAGGACACUAUAGUCUAUCAGGCCUCUUCCCCAGAUGAAGGGGCCCUGGUGAGAGCAGCCAGCAGCCUGGGCUUUGUGUUCUCUGGACGAACCCCAGACUCAGUCAUCAUACACGCUCUGGGAACAGAGCAAAGGUUUGAGUUGCUGAAUGUCCUCGAAUUUACAAGCGAUCGCAAAAGGAUGUCGGUCAUCAUGCGUACACCGUCCGGGCGGAUCCGACUUUACUGCAAAGGAGCGGACUCUGUCAUCUACGAGAGACUGGCGGACAGCUCCAAGUACAAAGACAUCACUCUCAACCACCUGGAGCAGUUUGCCACAGAGGGACUAAGGACGUUGUGUUACGCUGUGACCAACAUCUCAGAUGAGUCAUACGAGCAGUGGGCUGAGUUGUACCAGAGAGCCGCCACCUCCCUUACCAACCGAGCUCUGAAAAUGGAGGAGAGUUAUGAGCUCAUCGAGAGGAACCUGCAGUUGCUUGGUGCCACGGCCAUAGAGGACAAGCUACAAGACAAAGUCCCCGAAACCAUAGAGACUCUGCUCAGAGCUGGCAUCAAGAUCUGGAUCCUCACCGGAGACAAGCAGGAGACUGCCAUCAAUAUAGGUCACUCGUGUAGGCUGCUGAGGAAGAACAUGGGGCUGUUGGUCGUGAACGAGGAGACACUGGAAGGGACGCGAGCAGCUUUGAGUCAUCACUGUGGCAUGCUGGGAGAGGCGCUCCACAGGGAGAACGACGUUGCCUUGGUGAUGGAUGGCGAGACGCUGAAGUACGCCCUCAGCUUCGAGGUGCGCCAGUACUUCCUGGACCUGGCCCUAUCCUGCAAGGCCGUCAUAUGCUGCAGGGUGUCUCCACUGCAGAAGUCGGAGGUGGUGGACCUGGUCAAGAGGCAGGUGAAGGUGAUCACCCUGGCCGUCGGUGACGGUGCCAACGACGUGGGCAUGAUCCAGACGGCUCACGUUGGCGUGGGCAUCUCUGGCAACGAGGGCCUGCAGGCCGCCAACUCCUCCGACUACUCUAUCGCCCAGUUUAAGUACCUGAGGAAUCUUCUUCUAGUCCAUGGGGCGUGGAACUACAACCGAGUGUCCAAAUGCAUCCUGUACUGUUUCUACAAGAACAUAGUGUUGUACAUCAUAGAGAUCUGGUUUGCGAUCGUGAACGGGUUCUCUGGUCAGAUUCUAUUUGAACGUUGGUGCAUUGGUCUUUACAAUGUGAUCUUCACAGCGAUGCCUCCUCUGGCCCUGGGUAUAUUUGAGCGCUGCUGCAAGAAAGAGAACAUGCUAAAAUACCCAGAACUCUACAAGACCUCCCAGAACGCACUGGGUUUCAACACCAAGGUGUUCUGGGCUCACUGUCUCAACGGCCUCCUCCAUUCUGUCAUCCUCUUCUGGCUACCCCUGCUGAUCUUCCAACACGAUACUGUGUCUUGGAACGGGAAGACUCCAGACUAUCUUCUCUUAGGCAAUAUGGUUUACACGUUUGUGGUGAUAACCGUUUGUCUCAAAGCUGGACUGGAGACUUCAUCAUGGACACUGUUCAGUCACAUAGCCAUCUGGGGCAGUGUGUUCCUAUGGGUGUUGUUCUUCUGGCUCUACUCCACCUUGUGGCCAGUUAUAGCUAUUGCACCAGACAUGUCUGGUCAGGCAGAGAUGCUGUUCACCUCAGGAGUGUUCUGGAUGAGUCUCCUCUUCAUCCCUGUCACCUCACUGCUGUUUGACGUGGCGUUCAGAGUGGUAAAGAGGUCUUUCUGGAAGAACCUGGUUGAUGAGGUGCAGGAGCUGGAGGCUAAGGCUCAGGACCCUGGAGUAGUGGUUCAUGGGAAAAGCUUGUCAGAGAGAGCUCAGCUCCUGAAGAACAGCAUAUCGUCGGCAUACAGCACAGAGUCCGUCCCUCAGAACAUGCUACACGGCUAUGCCUUCUCUCAGGAGGAAAACGGAGUGGUGUCACAGUCUGACGUAAUCCGGUCGUACGACACCACCAAGCAGAGGCCUGCUCAGCCCCAGUGGUGAAGCCUCUCCUCUCCCCCUCAGCAAUGCCCUCCUAUCACAUGCUGCACUCAGCCAUCCCCAUUGGAGGAGGUUAACAGGAAGUCACCUCACAAAGUGAGGCCGGUCAACUUCCACCAGAAAGUCUGGAGUGAAGGCCCCAUCCAGAAACAACCCCCAAAACCCAUAACCUCCUGAGGAACUUCUGUUGAUCUGAGAAGAUUGGAUAGGUGUCAACAAUAUGGGGCAAAUUCCCCUCGAGGGGGGGUGGUAUGUAUGUCAUAUUGGUUAUACCUGACCUAUCUUUCAGAUCUACUGAAGUGCAGAGGAGGCAGGAGGUGGAGCUAAGGGCUGUUUCUGGAAAGCACCGAAGAGAGAAAAAAAAUAACAUUGCAAGAUGACAUUUACAGAAAGUGUUUUCACUGUUGGUUUGUCCCCAAGCACUGACUUUUUAAUGUGUCUUUGUCCUGAAGACUUGACCUGUUUUUAUAUUUGUAUGUGGAAGAGUUCCCAUUCUAAGCAACGGGUGGCCUUGGAAGAGGGAACGUCUCAUAUUUUAUUUUUUGGUGUGGCAUAAGACGAACAAGAUGUACGUGCCACAUAAAGAGCAGUGUUGGACCAAAACGAUCCACGAAUCAUCCCUAAACCUGACAUUUGUAAGAGAAUGGGAAACCCUGUGAUGUUGCUUGCCAAAGAGUAAUGUGUGUAACCAAUGGGGGUUUGAAUGUAGUCAUUUGCACUCCAGAAUGAUACCGCGAGUAAGCACUACGGGUUAAGACUUGAUGAUGGGCUUCUCAUUUUAAGAUUAUAUCUCUGAAAGAUUCCUUGCAUUCCAUGUUUCUCUCUAGUCAAUCCAUCCCAACAGUGCCUUUCAGAGAGUUUCUCUCAUGCAGUAGUGUAAUGCUAUAGCGUGUGUGCAUGUGUUUCUUCUUCUCCUGCAUGGUUUAAAAUCCGUCCAUGGCUCUUUUCACUGCAAUGCAAAUGUUCUCUCACUGACCGGGAAAAAGAAGAAUGCGUUAAUUUGUUCAUUUGAAUUGUAUCUAUGUUGUGUGAGUGAGUGUGAGGGAUGAAUGUUUCAGAGUAUUUCUGGGGAAACAGAAAUACCACUCAAACUGCAUGUCCGUAAAAGCUGAAAUAUACCUUGGUUUUUGUUCAGAGAAAAAAAAAAUGUAUUAAUGUGUUCUUAUGUUCCUUGAGUCAAAAAGAAGAAUUCAUAAUUUUAACAAGUUUACUUUUUCUAUAACUUAUUUAAUAUUUCAUUCUCAGAUGCAUAAAGGGACUACUGAAUAAAACCACCGCAACACUCAAAUGCAA